UCCAGACUUUAAUUAUUAAAUUAAAACAAGAUUUAUUGAAAGUCCGACAUAAAACUCAAUUCAGUCUAGAUAGUCAGUGUUCUAGUAAUACUAUUGUUAAACAUGGAAGUCGAACAAUAUAA